GUACUUACACAAGAAAUGAUUGCAUGAACGUAAAUGGAAAAGAAAACAAAAAACUUAGUAUGAGUUUUAAAACUGAAAACUCGGAAUCCGUCGUACACAGCGGUAAUAGAUUUUCUAAGCGUUUGAAAAUAUUAGAAUCGUUAAUAUUUCAAAAAGGAGUAACCAAUGGAAUGCUGACAGCUAAAACUUACUUACAAGAAAAAACCGAUAUACUUUCGAAUAUUGAUGGUAAAGCUGUGUCAAUUGAAACACUGUUGGACACUCUACUUGUUUUGUACGAUGAAUGCUGCAAUUCAUCAUUGAGACGAGAGAAGACGCUGGCUGAUUUUAUAAAGUUAGUAAAACCAGUGGCUACAUUGUUUAAACAACUACGUUUAUCUAGAGAUGAUUUUGAAACGAUUAAAAUUAUUGGGCGUGGCGCCUUUGGGGAAGUGUGUGUUGUUCGAAUGCUUGCAACGCACCAGAUAUUCGCAAUGAAAACAUUAAACAAAUGGGAAAUGCUUAAACGUGCGGAAACAGCGUGUUUCCGAGAAGAACGCGAUGUUUUGGUGUACGGAGAUAGACAAUGGAUAACAAAUUUGCAUUAUGCUUUUCAGGAUGAUAGCAAUUUGUAUCUUGUAAUGGAUUAUUAUUGUGGUGGAGACUUGUUAACCCUAUUAAGCAAAUUUGAAGAUCGUUUGCCUGAGGAUAUGGCGAAAUUUUAUAUUGCUGAGACAAUUUUGGCAAUAGAUAGCAUACAUAAACUCCAAUAUGUACACCGUGACAUAAAGCCGGAUAAUUUGGUGCUUGACAUGAAAGGACACAUACGGUUAGCUGAUUUCGGAUCUUGCUUACGGAUUGGUAUAGAUGGAAUGGUCCAAUCAAAUGUCGCCGUAGGUACCCCGGAUUACAUUUCUCCUGAAAUACUUCGAGCAAUGGAAGAUGGUCAGGGUAGAUAUGGAGCUGAAUGUGAUUGGUGGUCGCUUGGAGUUUGUAUGUAUGAAAUGUUGUAUGGCGAAACACCUUUUUAUGCUGAGAGUCUUGUUGAAACAUAUGGAAAGAUAAUGAACCAUCAAAAUUGCUUCGACUUUCCUGCUCAGGAGACUCUUGAUUAUGUUAUAUCAGAAGAAGCAAAAGAUUUAAUGCGGAAGCUCAUUUGUGCACCUGAAAAUCGUUUAGGACAAAAUGGUACAGAUGAUUUUAAAAACCACCCUUGGUUUGCAGGAUUAGAUUGGGAUAACCUUAGAUAUAGUCAAGCCCCCUACAUACCUGAAGUGUCAAGUCCAACUGAUACCUCCAAUUUUGAUGUUGAUGAUACAGAUAUGCAUCUCUCCGACACUGUGCCACCAGCAGCCAAUAUUGCUUUUUCUGGUCUUCAUUUACCAUUCAUUGGAUUUACUUUUACUCAAUGUAGCUCUUUAUCUGAUUUGGGAAAGGUUGAAAUUAAUUGCAGCCAUGCAAUUGUCGACAUAGACAAAUCUAUGGAUCCUGAAAUAAUGGAGGAAAAAUGUAAUCUCAUUGAAGAAAUAAAUUGUUUAAAACGGAAAAAUUAUGAGCUUGAAAACAAAUUGAAAAACUUAGAAAUUAUUGAAAAGGCAACACCCGAAGAUUGCAACAACCCCGCUUAUAUAGCACGGUUGAAAGAAUUGGAACAAGAAUUGAACGAAGUGAAACGGGAAAAAUGUCUCACAUCAAAAGAGUAUGGUGAAGCACUGGAUAGAAUAAAAACUCAAGAAUCUGAAUUAAAAGAUGCCAUAUGCCAACGAAAAUUGGCAAUGAUGGAAUACGCAGAAGUUACCGAUAAAUUAUCCGAAUUACGUUCUCAAAAACAAAAAUUAUCACGGCAGGUUCGUGAUAAAGAGGAAGAGUUGGAAUCAGUUAUGAAAAAAAUAGACAACUUGCGAAAUGAUCUUCGAAAGGCAGAUAAAAACCGACGGGAACUUGAGCUACGAGUAGAAGAUGCCAUAACUGACAUGGCAAAAGAAAAAAAACAAAGAGAACGUUCUGAAGAAUAUUGUCGCCAGCUGCAGUCAGAAUUACGAAGCAAAAGUAAUACAGAUAUGAACUCCACUUUUCCAGCGAAUGAGCCGUUGCGAUACGAAAUCGAAAGAAUUGAGGUACAAUAUUCGGAAAAACUGAAUCAGCAACAAACCCGCUUUAACAUUGAGCUAUCUGAACUGCGAGAGCAGCUAAUGGAAUCCGAGAAGAAUCGGGACUUCCUAAUAAUAGAACUUCAAAAAACUCGUGAAAAAUGCGACUUAAGUAGAUUAGAAUCUCAAAAUGACACUGUAGAUACAUUAAGUGAGCAGAAAAAAAUGUAUGAGCAAGAGAAGAGUAUAUGGGCAGAAGAAAAAAGAAGAUUAUUAUCAGAAAUGGAAAAUCUCAAAGAAUCCAUAAGACAACUACAAACAAAGCAAAUAGAAGACCAAAAUAAUUGUGAAGAAUUAAGGACAAAGCGGCAAGCUAUAAUACAAUGGGAACGACAAAUGUCCGAAAUAAUACAGUGGGUAUCUGACGAAAAGGAUGCUCGAAGUUACUUACAAGCCUUAGCAACAAAAAUGACUGAGGAGGUUGAAUAUCUAAAACACUCAGGUUCAUUUCAGCAAAACUAUGAAACGAAAAAUUGGCGAAAUAGACGUUCUCAAAAGCUUGAUAAGAUGGAGUUAUUGAAUUUACAAAGUUCACUUCAGGCCGAGAUCCAGGCAAAAACGCUUAUUUCGGAAGAACUUAGUAGGACACGAGCAGAAUUAAUUGCAACUCAGAAGGAUCUACGAGAAAGUCGUAAUCGUUGUGAUUCUGCUUUAUAUGAGCUUCAUCAUAAGGAAAAUGAAAUUCGCGAUAUUCAAAAAACAUUAGAAACUUCGGAAGGAUUUCUGGAAAGACCUUCUUCGCAAACGUCUUGUAACUAUUUCUUUAAGGAAUCUGCAGGAAAUAUUGAAAUUCCGGAUAUUGAUGCUGAUAGCAAUAUUUCCAGAGAUGUUAUGGGUAGUUCAUUUAAUAAUAAUUUGUCACUCGGAAAUUUAAAACAAACUCAAAACUCUUCUGCAACUUCAAGUAGUUCGUAUACUAUUCGUUAUCCGCAAAACUCGAAGCUGGACUCACUAUAUCCAUAUUAUAUGGUAGAAAAAAAACAUUUUUUAACAACAGACUACAAAAAUGAACAAGAUAAUAGCGAUUUGGAUGAUAUUCACGGCCAUCAUAGUAAGUCAAGCUCUAAAAGCAGCAUUAGUGUUAAACCUCUUGAAUUGCAUCCAACGAAUGUAGCAGCCACCAAAGUGCACCAGUUUUUGGUUAGAACUUUCAGCAGCCCAACAAAAUGUAACCACUGCACUUCGCUGAUGGUUGGCCUAACCAGACAGGGUGUUGUAUGUGAGUUUUGUGGUUUUGCCUGUCACACUGUUUGUUGUCAGAAAGUUCCUACAAUAUGUCCUGUGCCAAUUGAUCAAACGAAGCGGCCGUUGGGCAUUGACCCAACUCGAGGGAUUGGUACAGCUUAUGAGGGAUAUGUAAAAGUGCCAAAGAUGGGUAUUAUAAAAAGGGGUUGGGUGCGUCAAUUUGUAGUCGUAUGUGAUUUCAAGUUAUUCUUGUACGAUAUAUCAGCGGAAAGAAGUGCUUUGCCCAGUGUGAAUGUUUCACAAGUUCUAGACAUGAGAGAUCCGGAAUUUGCUGUUGCCAGUGUUCGAGAGAGUGACGUCAUACAUGCUACAAAGAAAGAUGUGCCAUGCAUAUUUAGGAUUAAGACUUCCUUGAUUGAAGGAGGGUCCACGUGUAAUACCUUAAUGUUGGCAGACAAUGAAACAGAGAAGCGAAAAUGGGUAGUUGCCUUAGGUGAAUUGCAUCGCAUACUAAAACGCAAUAAUCUCCCGAAUACAGCUAUAUUUAAAGUACACGAAAUACUAGACAGUUCUCUGACAAUAGUGAGGAGUGCAUUAAGCUCUGUUAUAGUUUAUCCUGAUCAGUUUUUACUGGGAACAGAGGAUGGCUUAUAUUGUAUUAAUCUAGAAGAAUAUGAAAUAAAUCGUAUUGGUGAAAGUAAAAAGAUUAUUCAAAUGUGGUACGUAGAAGAAGAGCACAUUCUAGUCAUUUUGUGCGGUAAACAAAGGCAUAUACGCUUGCUUCCCAUAAGAGCUUUGGAAGUGAGCGACGUGGAGUGGAUAAAAGUUUCAGACUCUAAAAAUUGUAUUGCGGCAUGCACCGGCAUCAUUCGUCGAUCCCCGGUCAAUAUUUAUGCGUUUGUCGUAGCAUUGAAGCGUCCAACCAAUCAAACACAAGUGGUGGUGUAUGAGAUAAAUCGAAACCAUUUAAGGCAUCAAAAAAUGUGUGAAUUCACCGUGGCGUAUCCAGUCCAGAGCCUUCAAAUUUUGUCAGACAUAAGGCUUGUUAUCGGUCAUCAAAGCGGCUUCACUGCCUAUUAUUUACAGGGCGAAGCGACGACUACUUCAUUAAUACAUCCGGAAAAUCAAUUGUGUGCCUUUUUAAACUAUUCUGGCGUGGAUGCCGUUCGUGUAAUUGAAAUACAGUGUCCUGGAGGAAUAUUCGGAGAGUAUUUAUUAGUAUUUCAAACAUUAGCUAUUUACGUGGAUCUUCAAGGCAGAAAAUCCAGGGAUCGAGAAAUUACAUAUCCAGCUAAUCCAACUCACAUAACGUAUUUGGAUGGACAUUUGCUAGUAUUUUCGGAAACGCAUGUGGAUAUUUUCAACACCCAAACCGCAGAUUGGGUGCAGUCAAUUGGACUAAAACGAGCGCAACCGUUAGGACCACAAACAAAUUUCGUUUUGACUUAUGUUAACGAUGCGCCUAUUGUUGUAUAUUUAGCCAACAUACACACAAAAGAACUUAUUCACAUUGGAUCUGCAGAAAAAUCAGGAUCUAAAAAUCCUCGACGAAGAUUUUCUGUUCGCGAAGUGAACAAGUCAUUUAAAAGCACAAGCGACAGGAGAUCUAAAAUGAUAUCAGCUCCAACAAAUUUUAAUCACAUUUCACAUAUGGGACCAGGAGACGGAAUUCAAAACCAACGGCUUUUGGAUCUUCCUACUACUAUAGAAACAGCUGAUCAGAUAAGCAAUCAAUCUUUUAUUAUACGUCAAUCUUCACUUACACCACACGCUACUGCACGCCAAAUGAUAAAUUCACAAAAUGGAAAUCCUCAAAAAGCUCUUACAAUUGAUCAACAGAGAACAAUUGAAUCAGAGCAACUUCAAGCACAAGCUCGCUCACCAAGUCCAGUUUCUAAUUUGAGCUCACCAAAGGAUUCACCGGACAUACAGUCUUAUUUGCCGUUUUAAGGUCAUAUAAUGUAUUAUUUUUUUGUAUUUAUUUAUUUUUUAUGUUACAUUAUAAUAAGUUUUACUAUUUUUUUUAAAUAAAUAUGCUCAUACUUAUUUGUAUAUUUAAAACAUGAGGACAAAAUAUGAAUUUUAAACUAGAAUGGUGAGUUUAUGUAUAAGCGAUAAGAGAUAUUUAUUACUAUGUUACUGGAUAGUAUGAUCCUUAAAAGAAUGGAACUUUAUUUAAACUUAUGUCAUAUCAUACUACAUAAUUAGAUAGAAGAGAUGAUUUGUGUACCAAUAACCGCUUUGAUACGCAUCCAAAAUCAAAUGGUUAGUUUCGAAUUAUGAAAACCUUAUAAUUCAGUUACGUUAGUACAUAUAUCGUCAGAUAUUUCAUCAAUUUUAUCUGAGAGGAUUUAAAAAAAAAGUCGAAUCCAUCUUAGUUAUUUAUAAAUAAAUGUAGGAGUGCUGUAGUAUCGGAACCUAAUGUGAAGUUUUUGAUACUUCAGAGCAAUAUUUCAAUAUACAAAGUUGGUAAUCAUUUACAUUAAAUGUAGAGAACGUAUAAUGGGUGAUAGUUUGUAGCGCUGAUUUUAGUACAUCAUUCUGACAAUUAUAGCUUUGUAAACAAAUAACAACUUUUGACAUUUAUAAUAUUUAAAAGGGCAUUUCGUAAAAUACUUCCCAUUUCUAUUCGUGUUGCAAAAUUAAGUUCAAUUGUUAAUUUUAAACUUUUAUCAUAAUUGCUCACAUAUACUAAUAUAGGUGUUUUAUUUAAAAUUUACUUAUAAAGAUGGCUACUACAUUUACGAAUACGCAUAGAGCGCCUUAUCCCUUUUGGACAAAACGCUCUGUUGUGUUCCUUUUCCCAAAUCGUUUCUCAAUUGAAACCACUUUAAUAUUUUUCUUGUAAAGCAAUAUGAAAGAAAACUUUUAAGAAAUUAAAACUAGAAGAGACUAAAGUAAAUAUAUUUAAUUCACUAAUUGCCAAUGCUCAAAGUGAAUAUUGUUACUUUUUUAAUUGUACGUGCGGGUUUCAACAAUAUUGUCAUGGCACAUUAUUCAAAAAUGGAUUUUUAAGGAAGAGUAUAUAUGUUUUGUGUAGUGUUUUUUUUUUAUCAAAUAAAGGUCGUAGAGCCACAAGAUUUCUUAUAAAUCAUAUACAUUUUGACUCAUAAAUGGUAAAGUAUUACAAAAAUCAUGAAUCAAAUAAAAAAUAUUGGAAGUUCUGAAAAUCCAAAACAUAAUAACUUCCAAAGCAAUAAUACUACUUCAGUAAAACGGAAUAAUUCAACAGAAAUAAGUAUAAGUUCAACGAAAAAAAUUAAAUUAGAUAAUACUGUUUGGAAUACUGACGGUAUUUUAAUUAAGAAACCAGUGAAUGAGAGCACCAAGGACGAACAUACAAAGAAGAUUUUUAAAAGAGAAUCUGUGGCAAAAACUUUUCAAAAUUUUCCAAAUCAAGAUUGUGAAAUAUCCGGAGAAAAAGGAAAACCAGCUUUUAACACCAUCCGGAACAUACCUAUCCCAUCACCAUCGAGUCCACGUAAUUCAGAAGACUUUGUGGUUAUCUCGUCUAAUGCAGCAGACUAUAUUGAAGACAAAGAUUGUGAUAAAAGCACCAGAAAUAAGCCAAUAUCCGAAACAAGUAACAUUCUGCUAAAUGCUAACAUAACGGGACGAAAAGAGUUAAAUUCUAAAAGUUCUGGACAAACGGAAACUGUAGAUUUAGGCAUAUUACCUUUAAAUCAAGAAAUAAAUACUAAUGAAUUUGAUGUUGUCAUGUUGUCAUCUAUACAGGAACAAAAGCCAAUACAGCAAUUGUCUUUAAGUUCUGAUAAUAGUCAUUCUGGGUCGUUAUCUCGUGUUGUAGCUUCUGGUGGAAAUAUUUUGCGACCGAGUACAGUGACUUACACACGUAUAACCACUGCAAGUACAAUAUCGGCCGGCUUACCACAAAAUGCAACAGUAUUGAAUAGAAGGAAUAUUUCUCCAAAUUUGAAGAAUCAGCAAGUAAUGACAACAAGUAAGAAGCUUGCAUCGGAGGUUACACAAACUACAGCAAAAGUUUCAAUUGGUAAUACCACAAUAUCUGUUCCAUUAUUAAAACCUUUAAAUUCUUCACAACAUGUGCAUCAAGGCAGCACAGGAUCUUCCGAGAUUCAAAAGCAAUCCCAAGCCAAUACGCAAACGGCUUCACAGCAACUCUCUUCUCAAACGCAAAUAAAUUUGAGCAAAAUUUUGACGACAAAGCAAGGAUAUAAAGGUAGUCAUCCAACUAUAGUAUCUCUUUCACAACUUCAAAUUAAACCAGUAUCAACCACAAAGUUGGUUCAAACUAAAGUUUUUGGUAAGAAACUACCACAACUUCAGUGUUCAGUAGCAACAAAUUCGCAGCCUAAUUCUGGACUUGUUACUAUUGCCGUAUCAAAAGCUAAACCAAGUGUAGCUCUCAAUCAAUCGAGUUCAAAGAAAAUAAGUAUCAAAACAGAUUCCGGAGGAAUAUUACAUAAUAAUGCCAAUUUAGAAGAUGGAUCAAGUGUAACUGACAGUAAUGCUAACAUGGACAAAAUGGAUUUUACAAAUGAAAAAGUAGAAACAUCUAUCAGUGAUAACCAUAUGUUAGACUCCAAUAUAUCAAAAACUUUAGGUUCCAUACAAAAUUCACUGAAGAUUGUAUCUCCAGUCACUGAUGAAAUUACCUUAAAUAAAACAGCGGCUACUAUUAAAAAAGUUUUAAAUCCAAAUGUAAAUAUUCUACCUUUACUAACGCCACUAUCAAAGAAUACGGAGCAACAAGGAAACACAAAUAUUUAUCCAGCUGUUAGUAUAAUUAGACAAAAUGUCCCUCAAUUAAUUACAACAUCAGCUACAACCACUUGCGUAUCCGUUUCAACUGGUGUGUCAGAUAAUAAUAUACAGACAGAAUUCCAUAGUACAAAGCAAACAAAUCUGAAUAAUUUAUGUGGAAAAUUAAAUUCUUCAUCCAUAAUUUCAAUUCCAAAAAAUAUUUCGUUAGUUUUAUCGAAAAAUAACACGAACCAACAAUCGAAGGCGACUAUAGUAUCAAAUUCGGUUAGAAACGCAAACUUAAUCGAUCAGAAGGUAAAAAAAAUCAAUUUAACAGUUUCAAGUGCCCUUAAUGUAACAGCAGUUAGCUCAAUGAAUACGGUACAGCCUUUUAAUGCCAGUAAUAAUUCAUCGACACAAAAUCAUUCACAACUGCAAGAUGCAAGUCCAAUUAAUAAAUCUGCUGUUAUAUCAGUCGCAGUACAACCUCCUAGUUUACUAAAUUCAACUGAUCAGAGUCUACUACCUCGUAAAACGGUCAAAGUAACACCCUACACGCUGUCUUCAUUGGGCCAACAUUUAGAUAAACGAUGUAAAUCACUUGAAGUACAUGAACAAGAGCAUCGUCAGAAUAUUUCACAAAAUGUCGAUAUUUUACCUACAAAACGCAACAAAUAUGAAAGUCCUGAGGUCAGUGCAGAUGUAUUUGAGAGUUUGAACAAAAAAGAAGCUGUUGAUAAUUCGCAUUCCUACGUUGAUGCAAAAUCCAUAAAAAAUCUUGACAAGCAUGGAAACAUUGAACUUAAUAAGUCGCCUAUAACUGUUCCUAAAUCAGAGGAUUCCAACAAUGUUCUGCUUAAGAAACUUCUUCAAAAUUCGAGUAGUUCUCAACAUCUAAAUAUUCACACGUCCAUAGCUACAAAUAUGCUGAACCCAGUUACGAACUCAACACCGGCAUCUGUUUGUAGUCAAGUAUUAUCUGCCAGAAAAGUAAUUAAUGUACGUGCUCCAAGUUUGGGUUUAGUUAGUUCUCUGGAGGCGCAGUUAGCUCGACCAGUUAUACCUCCUGUCCCUGCGACAACUUCUGCACCGGUUCAAAGUGAGAUUUCAAAAUCACAGAAAUCUGACACUCAAGAAGAUUUACUAAAUAAAAUGAACAAUGAAGUAACAGGAUCUCAAAAUGAUGGAAAAAUAAAAUGUGUUCAAGUAAUUUCAAAGGAAACGUCAUUUGUCUCCAACCCAAACAUAAGCCCUUUCGCAUUAGAUGAUGCGUGUCGUUCUAAAUUAACAGUUCCUGGACAGGACCUUGAACAUGAACCGUUUAAAGCAAGUAAAGCUACAUGUCAGAAAAACGAUACCAGUAAUGCAUCUCAACAAAACUACUCACAUAAUACACAUCCAAAAGAAUGCAAUGGAAACGAGGUUAAAGAAGGGAAUUCAUUAGGAAAUCUUUGCCCCCCAAAUAAAACACCCUCAACCAUUUGCCCUGGCAGCAUAAAUAAUCAAAAUUUGGACAGUGAUGCGUCAACAAUUUUCACAACUAGCACUGAGGGGAAAGAAGAGACAAACGUUGAAAAUUUCUCCAGUUUUGUAUCAUCUUUUCCGGCUUUGACGGACUCAUCAGAAAAUGCAGAAAAGAGCGAAAAUAUAAUAACUAAACCUUAUGUGAACAGUCUGUUAGAUGCAUCUGCGAAGUCAAAAGUGCCAUCGAGAUAUGAUAAUGAAACACAAAAUUCGAAUACCCAAGUAAAUUUAAAAUUGGACAAUAAAAGUAUUUUAAAUGAAAAGAGUGUACUGCCUGAUUGCAAUGAUUCCACCAAUAUUGUAUCUAUCGAUCAGAAGACAAUAACUGUAGAUAAAGACAUUGAGUCGAGAAAAAAACGGAAAAGAGAAUACCAAAAGCAACGCAGGUUGUUGCUAAGUGGCAAGGAGACUAAUGCGAACGCUGUAAACUCUACUACAAAUGUACCUGGACCAAAAAAAAGGUCAAGAAAACUUUCCAAAAUCGAAGAGGACUAUGACAAUUUCAUUGAUAAUUUAAUGACACACCUAAAGCAAAUGAAACCGUUGCAAGUAUUGGAACCUUUAUUAAAUAGAAAUUUCCUUGUUUGUAAUGCAUAUGGCUUAAGCAGCAACCUUCCUCGUGGAGUAAGUAGUAAAGAGAAUGGUGAUCUUUCGCAAACACCUCCGCUAUUAGGGGAGUAUGGAAAUGCGCAUCAUUCCAAUGCAAAUACCUUAUACGAUACAGAGUCAUUUUAUUCAUCAGAAAACAAUAAAGAGAAAAAGUUGUCUACAAUACAAAAUGAUUUUUAUGAUCAGGAGUUCUCAUCAAAUAUGCGAAAUAAUUAUUACGACAGAUACUUGCGAGUAUGGAGUAUUAUGAAAGAACGCAACAUUGAGUCCUCAGAUAUUGUGACUAACUGCAGUGUCAAUAGUGUCGACAUAGUAAAUACGGUUGGAGAAAAAUUCAAUAAGUUUUCAUUACAGCAGCUUAUUUAUCCCGGUUUAGUUGUUAUGAAUAAAAACAAUGAGCAUUAUGUAGACCGAAUGUCACCAAGUAUCCCAUUUAUCGACUCAACAUUUAAUAUGAAAAGAAGUUGCCUUGUAAAAGCGGUAAAGCAAAUUGACGGCAUUGAAAAUGUUAACCAGAUUUUAAAUACUGGAACUAAUAUCAGGACGAAACGUGACGAAAGCCUCAACCGAGUUGUUACAUUAUCUGUUCAAUUAUCUGCUGUUAAUAAUAUAUUUGGGGUACUUAAAGACUUGGCGAAUCUGUUGCAUAUUCCAGCGCCGACAAUGUAUAAAAUAAUUGAUAAGCCAACAUUUAAUUUAUCUCAUGACCUUACACCAAAGAAUAAUAUUAAGUUGACAACUAAAAGUCAAAUAAGUUUUCAGCAAGAUGUUAUUUGUGGUAGAAAAAAAAUUUGCUAUAAUUGUGGUGCCUCGAUUUCAGAUUCGAGAAUUAAAUAUUUUAAAGUACCUUUUUGUGAUAUGAAAGAAAUUCGCCCUUCCACCUUGUCUCCAGAUUUAUCGCCAAUGACGUUACACUUCUGUGACAAAUAUUGUUACGAACACUUUAAUAAUCCUCAUGAGGCCCUCAGCUCAAAUUCAAAAUCAAAAAUUGAAGAUGCACAAAUAACUUCUGAACAAAAGUUUGGUGAGGAAAACCUAACUGGGAACAGAUCUAUGGCGAAUCAAAUUAAUAUAUCUAAAAGUUGCAUUUACAAACACUAUAAUGUCAACUGUUUUAAAGAGACAACUCAAAGAAUUAGUCGUUUUUCUGAAAGUGUUACGCAAGGCAGUGAAAUAUGUGUAGAAGAAAAUAAAGAACAAAAUGGAUUCGCUGGUUGUAUCUUAAAUAGUUCUAUUGAAGAUAUACGUGAGUGUGUUUUUUGUUAUCAACGAGGAGACGGCGUACCCAAUGGACCAUCGCGGUUACUCAAUUUUGAUAUAGACAAAUGGGUACAUUUAAACUGCGCUCUGUGGUCUAGCGAAGUGUAUGAGACUAUAAGCGGUGGCCUUAUGAACUUUCCCGCAGCUUUACAGAUGGGCCUUAAUCAAUCGUGUAGCGGAUGUCAACAACUCGGUGCCACAGUACGCUGUUUUAAAAAUCGUUGCAACCAAGUUUUUCACUUACCAUGUGCAAUAAGAGAGCAUUGUGUUUUCUAUAAAAACAAAACCAUACAUUGUCAGCAGCAUGCAAAUCGAUUAGAAAAAGAAAAUGAAUUGUCAUCUCUUACCGUUCAUAGACGUGUGUUUGUUGAAAGAGACGAAAAUAGGCAAGUGGCGACUGUAAUGCAUCACUCAGAAUUAACAAACUUACUUCGAGUUGGUACCUUAAUUUUUUUAAAUAUUGGACAAUUACUUCCUCAUCAGUUAGAAGCAUUUCACACCAUAGAUCACAUAUAUCCUGUAGGAUACAAAGUAAUUCGAUUUUAUUGGUCGAUGAAGAGACCGAAUCGACGAUGUCGUUAUGUAUGCUCAAUAAAUGAAACUGCUGGUCGCCCUGAAUUCCGCAUUCAAGUGCAGGAGCCUGGAAGCGAAAUCGAGUUGCGUGAUUCUUCCCCUAAUGCCGUUUGGAAACAAAUUUUGACCCCCAUCGCAUUUAUGCGUAAAAACAAUAAAGUUGUUCAACUAUUCCCUCAAUUUAUUUCUGGAGAAGAUCUGUUUGGAUUAACAGAGCCUUCUGUAGUUCGUAUUAUAGAGAGUUUACCGGGCAUAGAAACACUAACAAACUAUCGUUUUAAAUAUGGGCGAAAUCCUUUGUUAGAAUUGCCUCUUGCAAUAAAUCCAAGUGGGUCUGCACGCACCGAGCCAAAACAGCGACAAAUUGUUGCUUGGAGAAAACCUCAUACACAAAGAACUGGCUCAGCUGCAAAUCAACGUAUGGCAAAUUCUACAACAUCUAUUGCAGGUGAAAUAGCAUGCCCCUACAGUAAGCAAUUCGUUCACUCGAAAAGUUCUCAAUAUAAAAAAAUGAAACAGGAAUGGAGAAACAAUGUAUACUUGGCGAGAUCAAAAAUACAAGGGCUUGGUUUAUAUGCUGCCCGUGAUAUAGAAAAGCAUACUAUGAUAAUUGAAUAUAUUGGGGAAGUUAUUCGCACCGAGGUGUCAGAAAUUAGAGAGAAGCAAUAUGAAGCAAAGAACCGAGGAAUAUAUAUGUUUCGUCUGGAUGAAGAUAGAGUGGUCGAUGCUACCUUGUCUGGAGGAUUAGCGCGGUAUAUAAAUCAUUCUUGCAAUCCUAACUGUGUAACUGAGACUGUUGAUGUAGAUCGUGAACUUAGGAUAAUAAUAUUUGCAAAGCGAAGGAUUAACAGAGGUGAAGAGCUGUCUUAUGAUUAUAAAUUUGACAUUGAAGACGAUGCCCAUAAGAUAUCUUGCAUGUGUGGUGCUCCUAACUGCAGAAAAUGGAUGAAUUAAGCAGCUAUAUAUAUGAAGUAAAUUAUAUUAAGCAAACUCAUAUCAAUGUUGUAUGAAUUAAAAUUAUUUAAAAAUACUUAUAGUUAGUUAUAAGCUUGGGUAUUUAGUACCCUAAAUAGUUAUCUGUAAUCUUGUAACAAUAUAUAUAA